AUGAGCUUUCUCGCCGCGUCCAUCAAGCGCUACUCUCUGCCAUCGCUUUUCAGACCCAUUGUCCGACCUUCACACAUACCUGCACGAGCCAUGCAUAUCCAAUCAAUUCCCAUGUGGGAGGGUACAGGCAACAACUAUGCCUAUCUAGUGUCCGAUGACAAGACCAAGGAAGCUGUCAUUAUUGAUCCGGCGAACCCGCCAGAGGUCCUACCCGUCCUGAAAGAGCAAACCACUGCAGGAGGCCUCAAACUGACCAAGAUCAUCAAUACACACCAUCACCACGACCAUGCCGGCGGAAACUCUGAAAUCCUCAAAGCCUUCAACCUCCCUAUUAUCGGCGGAAAAGACUGCGAAAACGUUACCACGACCCCGAGCCACAAGGAAACCUUCACCAUUGGAUCCAUCAAGGUAACAGCACUGCACACGCCCUGCCACACACAAGACAGCAUCUGUUUCUUCCUCGAAGACGGCGGCGACCGCGCCGUCUUCACCGGCGACACGCUCUUCAUCGGCGGCUGCGGCCGCUUCUUCGAAGGCACGCCCGAGCAGAUGCACGCCGCGCUGAACGAAACGCUCGCCGCACUUCCCGACGACACAAAGGUGUUCCCGGGCCACGAGUACACAAAGGGCAACGUCAAGUUUGCCAAGAGCGUACUGAACAACGAUGCCAUUGCUAGGCUCGACAAGUAUUCCCAGGAAAACAAGCAGACGCAGGGUAAAUUCACGAUUGGAGAUGAGAAGCAGCAUAAUGUGUUCAUGCGUGUGCAUGAUCCCGAGUUACAGAAGGUUACGGGGAAGACGGCGCCGAUCGAUGUUAUGGGCGCGCUGCGCGCGAUGAAGGAUAAGGCUUGAAUGGGGCUGAGAUGAAUGGUCAUGUAGCUAUGAGCACUACUUCCAAGACUCCAGGGAAUAUGUAAAUAUGAAAUAGUG